AUGUCUGGUGAAGUGGGAGAUUUGAUUAUAAAAUGGAGUGGACAAGAGUAUGUUAUAUCGGGUUUGGUUGAAACAGACACAGUAGCAGAUCUCAAAGAUGCCGUCUUUAAGAAAACAAACGUUUUACCAGAAAGACAAAAAUUAUUAGGACUUAAAAUCAAAGGUAAACUUCCAGACAAAGAGAUCCAGUUAUCCACAUUACAGAUCAAACCUAAAACUAAGAUAAUGAUGAUGGGGACAAGGGAAGAAGAGCUGGCCAAAGUAACAGAACCACCUGCUGUCAUGCCAGAUGUUAUAAAUGAUUUUGAUAUUGAAGAAGAUGAGAUAGCCAUUGAAAAUAGAGAAGAGUUCUUGGCCAAGAUAGAAAAAAGAAUUAAAGACUAUGAAAUCAAAAUACUUAAUGAACCAAGAGAAGGGAAGAGAUUAUUAGUCUUAGAUAUUGAUUAUACUCUUUUUGAUCACAGAUCAGUUGCAGAAACUCCUGCUGAAUUAAUGAGACCAUAUUUACAUGAUUUUUUAAAAGCAGCAUAUUUAUAUUAUGAUAUAGUUAUCUGGUCUGCCACUGGUAUGAAAUGGAUAGAAACUAAAAUGAAUGGUUUAGGUGUUAGUUCUCAUAAAGAUUACAAGAUCUGCUUUUAUCUAGAUAGUGAUGCUAUGAUAUCUGUACAUACUCCAAAAUAUGGCCUUAUAGAUGUCAAACCACUGGGUGUGAUAUGGGGUAAAUAUAAACAAUGGAGUGCUGCUAACACUAUCAUGUUUGAUGAUAUCAGAAGAAAUUUCAUAAUGAAUCCACAGACUGGAUUAAGAAUCCGACCAUUCCGUAAAGCCCAUUUUAAUCGUGAUAAAGAUAGUGAAUUAUUAAAGUUAAUGUGGUAUUUAGAAGAUAUUACUUGUGAGAAAGAUUUUUCUGUCUUAAAUCAUAAAGAUUGGGAAAAGUAA